GUUUACCAUGGCGGUGGACAUUUCUUUACUGUUAUAUUAGCAUAAAGACUUGAUCAAACUGAAUAAUCUGAGAAUACUUCGGUCCUCUUCAUGUAUAAAAUUGCUCUUUCACCUUUACUAUCAGCUUAUGGGUACUGUAUCAUAAACCUGAAUAUUAUAGGUCAUGCUAAGUGGUGUUAUUUUUGUCUUUGAGAAGUGUGGGGAUGGACACAAGUACAGCUGAUGCAGCACCAGCAAUUCCACCAAGCAGUGCCAUGUCAUCGAUGUCUGAGAUGCCUGUGAGUCCGGCAUCAGUUGUAUCGAGCACCCACUUCCCCUUCUCAGCAUCUGAGAUAUCGGGAAUGGGAGUGGAUACAUCAGCACUCGACACAGCAUUUACGUCAGAUGUUGCAAGUUCGGUAGGAUUGCAGCUAGUGCACGAUGCUGGGCCCGGAAAUUCUAGAGAGUCCCUUAGAUCGCUAGAUCAGAUCCUGUGGAGUUUCAGUCUUUCAGAUCUGACUGUGGAUCUGUCAAACUUGGGAGAUUUAGGAGCCCUAGGAAACUAUCCCGGUUCGCCAUUUCUUCCUUCAGACUCAGAAAUUUUGCUCGAUUCUCCUGAGCAAGAGGAUAUAGUGGAAGAGUUCUUUGUCGAUUCCAUCCCGGGGCCACCGAAUUCUCAGUCAGAUGAAGAGAGUUCUUGAGACCGAGGUUAGGCCUGUUUCUUAUCUUUCAGAGUCGUUAGUAUAGCAUAGAGCUUAGGUUAAAGAAAUAAGCACGUCACCUUGUAACUGGCAAUUUAGGUCCUCUGCAUCGACAAAUACGAAGAUUUGCACUUCCAAAGUCUUAGUCUGAUACUAUGUUACCUCAAAUUGUAAACCAAUAUUUAUUCGUAUUAGGAGGAUGUUUUCUCUCUUUACUUGAUCAGUGCCAUGGAUAUUUGUAUUUUGAAGGUUUAAUUAUCUUUUUGCAAGUGACUUGGAAGAAUUCCGUGCUCUA